AUGGAGCCGUCUGGCUCCUUGCCUCCACCUUCCCCUUACACCUUCCCUAUCCUCCCCAACCUGUCCCUGCCUUCCUCCGCACCCUCCACCUCUCCCAGCCUGGCCUCCACAGCUCUGUUCUGCUCGCUCCUGUCCCUGCUCUCCCUUCUGGGCAUCAUAGGGAACUUGUACACUCUGGUGCUCCUCCUGAGGCGCAGGAGGGGCAGGAGGAGAAGCGGGGUGGGACUAACCUGCUGCUUGAUGAGAGUACCCGCGCCCUCGUGCCUGGCCGACCCUUCCUCCGGCUCCCCUUCCUCCUCGCCGCUCUCCUCCGCCACCUCCUCGUCCUCCCUCCACCUCCAGGUGCUGAGCCUGGCUCUGGCCGACCUGCUCUACCUGUUCACCGCCCCCUUCAUCGUCUAUGACAGCCUGGCGUCCGGCUGGGCCUUCGGCGAGCUGGGCUGCCGCCUCCUCCUGAGUCUGGACCUCCUCACCAUGCACGCGUCCAUCUUCACGCUGACCGCCAUGAGCCUGGACCGCUACCGGGCAGUAGCACACCCGCUGCACACCUCCUCCACUAACUCCUCGGGCCUGCUGAGAGUGAGCUUGGCCUGGGGGCUGGCUGUGGCUCUGAGCCUUCCCAUGAUGAUCACCCUGCACCUGGAGGACGGGGAGGACCAGGAGGGCCAGCUGUGUGUGCCCGCGUGGGACGAGCAGAGCUCCAAGGCCUACCUAAGCGUGCUCUUCUGCACCAGCAUUCUUGGCCCUGGCCUGGCUAUCGGGGCUCUCUAUGCUACGCUCGGCCGCCUCUAUUGGGUGUCUCAAACCCGUGCCCCAUGGGGUACGGGAACUAGCACUGCUUGCCCUGCCCGCGCUCCAAAACCCAAAGUCCUGCUCCUCAUCUUGGGCAUCGUCCUGGCAUUUUGGGCCUGCUUUCUCCCUUUCUGGAUCUGGCAGCUCCUGCCUCUGUACCAGCCGGAUAUGCUAAGGACAGUACCGGUGGGUACGCAGGUCACGGUCAACCGGAUCCUAACGGGGCUGACAUACGGAAACUCUUGCGUGAAUCCAUUCUUUUACACACUACUGACCGGCAAAAGAAGACGCAACCGGCAGACGCUGACGUCGGCAAAUCAGCUUUGCCGCAAGAGCAGUCCGAUGCGGUAA